AUGCGAGCCCUGGCCUGGGCUACCGCAACAUGCCUCCCCCUCGCCGCUCUGCUUUUUUUUGGGAUCGAUAGCACCACCGCCGAGUCUCUACCCCCCAUCUGUCUGACGCGAAACUGGCGGGACGUCGAGGCCAGGUUCAUCCAGUGGCCGACAUGUGUUGAGACCCGAUGGGACAGCAAUACUCCCACUCCUGCGGUGGACCCCCUCUCCGUCACGGUGUCCGAACCGUCGACUCCCCCGUCGACCACCACCUCCACAGCCCCUACCCCCUCAGACGACCGACCCGACGCUGACGCCGACACCGACUCCCUCCUCGACAACGCCAACUUCCUCUCCUUUGAAGACUGGAAAAAACAGAACCUCGCCAAGGUGGGCCAGUCGGCUGAGAACGUGGGUGGGAGCCGGCGCGCAGGCGCAGCCGGCACGGAAGACCGUCGUCGACCGACGGGCAUCAAUAACGCGCUCGAUUCAUUGGGCGAGGACGUCGAGAUCGAGCUGGAUUUCGGCGGGUUCGGCGCCGACACCGCGGAUACCGCGAAGCCGACGGCCUGGGGCGCGCAGGUGCCGGUCGAGACGAAGGGAGACGGCGGGGAUGCACGAGCCAAAGGAGGAAGUGGGGGACCGGCGGGCGAUGAGUCUCCGGCGCAGGGCGUGGCCCGUCGGGGCAAAGAUGCGGGCACGACGUGCAAGGAGCGGUUCAACUAUGCGUCGUUUGACUGUGCGGCGACGGUGCUCAAGACAAAUCCCGAGUGCAAGGGAUCGUCGUCAGUACUGAUUGAGAACAAAGAUAGUUACAUGCUGAACGAAUGUCGCGCCAACAACAAGUUCCUGAUUCUGGAGCUCUCGAUCUUUCGCACGUUCCGUGUGAGUGUGUCAGAUCGAUACCCGGCCAAGCCGGACCAGUGGCGAGAGCUGGGUGUCUACGAGGCGCGGAAUACCCGCGAGGUCCAGGCGUUUGCUGUGGGCAAUCCGCUCAUCUGGGCGCGGUAUCUGCGGAUUGAGUUCUUGACGCACUACGGGAACGAGUUCUACUGUCCGGUCAGUCUGAUCCGCGUGCAUGGUACGACCAUGUUGGAGGAGUACAAGCAUGACGGGGAGGCGGGGCGUGGCGAUGACGAGGUUUCAGAGCCAGAAUCAGUAGAAGUCAAUCCGUCAGCGGGUCAGUUGGACGAGAAAGAGCCCCAGCCGCCGGCGACGGCUGAGUCUGUGGUGAGCGAAUCGACUGACGGGUCGACUGCCGGCUCCCGGACGGGGAAUAUCUGUCCGAAUCCUGCGGUUGAAGUGGAAGCCCGUCUCUGGGGAGCUGCAUUGGUGCCGCCUGGGGCCCCGGCUGCACAAGCGGACGCAGAUGUUGCGGAAUCGACGUCUCAUACGAAGGAGCCUCCGGCCGUUGACGUACCACCAAAGGCACCAGCCGAUGAGCAGAAGGUUACUGUGCCUGCUGGCGGCAAUGCAGAUUCUUCCUCAGCCGCGUCUACCACGACCGUUGCCGAAAGUGCUACGCAUAAUACGACGGUAGAAGCUGAUUCCAAACCAAGUGCUUCUAAAGAAGAGCAGGCAGCGCCCCCUGAAGCGACGAGGGCGACGGGGACACAGCCCCCGUCGCCGAACCCAACGACGCAGGAGUCCUUCUUCAAGUCCGUCAACAAACGCCUACAGAUGUUGGAGUCCAACUCCACACUCUCGCUGCUCUACAUCGAGGAACAGUCGCGGAUCUUGCGCGACGCUUUUAACAAGGUCGAAAAACGCCAGCUCGCCAAAACGUCUACCUUCCUGGAGGGCCUGAACGUGACAGUGCUGAACGAACUGAAGCAGUUCCGCGAGCAGUACGACCAAGUGUGGAAGAGCGUGGCACUGGAAUUCGAACACCAACGCAUCCAGUACCAUCAGGAGAUCUACUCGAUCAGCGCGCAGCUGGGCGUGCUCGCGGACGAAUUGGUGUUCCAGAAGCGCGUCUCGGUGAUUCAGAGUAUCAUGGUCCUGUUCUGUUUCGCGCUGGUGCUGUUUUCACGCGGCACCGUCAGCAGCUACAUUGACUUCCCGAGCGUGCAGAGUAUGGUCGCGCGGUCGUACAGUCUGCGGUCGUCGUCGCCACCGUUCGGGUCGCCGUCCGUGAGUCCGAGCUCGACACGGCCGGCGUCGUCGUACCGCGGUGGCACCACGGCGGGCGCGGGUCAUCGACGGAAUAUCUCGGAGGACUCACAAGACGCGGCGCCGUUGAGCCCGACGAUUGCGUAUUCGCCGCCAACUCCCACGUCGGAUGAUGCGUCGAGCCCUGUGGAGGCGGAGAAGGACGAGUCGGCUUUGUCCAUGCCCGAGGUGACGCCGUCGCAUCUUCGAUCGCGGAGUAGUCCGCCUGUGAUGGACGGGGGACGCGAGGCUGAUGAAGGGUGCUCGGAGGAGUCUGAGUCCGAGGAGGAGGAGGGCGAUGCUGGAGUGGAGUUGAGAUGA